GCCUUACACGUUGAUUGACAUUGCUAUUGCCGUUGAGAUCCCUUCUGUUUUUUGUUUGUUUUCGCUGUCGUGCGCUAUUAUUUUCGCCCUUACAGGUUAGGCUUAAUCUUCCGUGUACUUGCUUUUGCUGUUGUCUGCCUCGGAGCACGCCGACGCACACGCACACGCGCAUCGACAGCGAUUACGGUGGUUUCGGCUGCGUCCCUUUGCUUUCCCUGGGGCCAUAAAUAGUAGGACUGUUGUUGUUUUCGGUGGGUCCUUCCUAAAUAUAUAUUUAUAAACUCAACUUCUAUUUUUAAAGAGAAUCUAAACAUGAAACUCCGUUGCUUUCUCCUGCGGUACUACCCGCCCGGGAUCACCCUCGAGUAUGAGACCUCGGCUGGUCAGGUUGGCCAGAAGACGAUCGACCUGCUUCUCCUUACCCCAAGCACGUCGUUAGAGCCGUUAGCGGACAAGAUUGUGGCGAGCGAGCCGCUGCUGGGCCACAAGUACCGCGACCAAAUCCUCACGUAUCUGCAGCGCCUCGUGGAGAAGCUGGUCGCCGGCAACCGGCCGAAUCAAACCUUCACGCUCUUCAAGAGCCUGCGGGCGCACAUGCUGCCGCUGACGAACUGCGCCUUCAACAAGAACGGCACGAAGUUUGUGACGGGCUCGUACGACCGCACCUGCAAGGUGUGGGAGACGGCGACGGGCAACGAGCUCGUCUCGCUGGAAGGGCAUCGCAACGUGGUGUACUGCGUGGGCUUCAACAACCCGUAUGGUAACCGCGUCGCCACCGGCAGCUUCGACAAGACGUGUAAGAUCUGGGACGCGGAGUCAGGGCAGUGCUUCCACACCCUCACCGGGCACGUCACGGAAAUCGUCUGCAUGUCCUUCAACCCCCAAAGCACACUGAUCGGGACCGGCUCAAUGGACAACACCGCUAAGGUGUGGGACGUGGAGACGGGGCAGGAGCUGCACACCUUGAUGAGCCACACGGCGGAGAUCGUCGCCAUGAACUUUAACACCUACGGCGACCUCAUCGUGACAGGCUCCUUCGACCACACGGCGAAGUUGUGGGACGUGCGCACCGGCAGCGUCGUGCACACGCUGCGCGAGCACCGCGGCGAGAUAUCGUCCGUGCAGUUCAACUUCGCCUCUAAUUUAGUCGUCACGGGCAGCAUUGACCGCACGUGUAAGCUGUGGGAUGUCGCGUCGGGGCACGCCGUGUCCACGCUGCGCGGCCACAGCGACGAGGUGCUCGAUGUGGCGUUCAGCGUUUCAGGCAACAUGGUCGCCAGCGCGAGCGCCGACACCACGGCGCGCGUCUACAACACCUCGACGUGCCACUGCGUGGCCAGCCUGAACGACCACGAGGGCGAGAUCUCAAAGCUGGAGUUCAACCCGCAGGGCACGAAGAUCAUCACGGCCUCGGGGGACAAGCGGUGUAAUAUUUGGAGCGUGGAGACGGGACAGGUGCUGCAGUCGCUGGUCGGGCACACGGACGAGAUCUUCUCCUGCUCGUUUAAUUAUGAAGGAGAUACAAUCCUGACGGGGAGCAAGGACAACACCUGCCGUAUCUGGAAGAGCUAG